AUGGCAUGUCGGAGAGAGCAAGGAGCAAACACGCAAGCCAGGGAAUUAAUCAAGUCAAAUGCAUCGAGCUCGCUUCGGGCCCUCUUGAUUGGUUUCAUAUUGUCAUUCUGGAUUGACCUGGUAGACUGCCAAUCUGGCUAUUUUUCCUCCGCUGGCGCUACAUCGUGCACUCCCUGUCCCAAGGGCACCAAAGGCGUAGGCAAUAACUGUGUGCCAUGUCCUUUGGGGGAGUACCAGUCAGCUGUGGGCCAAUCCUGGUGCUCGACCUGCUCUGCCGGAUCCUACGAGACUGUGGCACCGACAUCAUCAUCCGACCGCACAUGCCAAACAUGUGCCAAGGGUUAUUAUCAGGAUUCGACAGGCCAGAGCGAGUGCAAGGCUUGCCCGGCAGGGACGAUGCGUGACGCGACUGGGGGCACAAGCAGCACACAGUGCCUGGCUUGUCCUGUGGGUACUGAAGCACCAUUGGCCGGCAGCGCCACCUGCUCUCCGUGCAGUACUGGUCGCUAUCAAAACCAAACGAGCCAAGCCACUUGUCUAAGUUGUCCAGAGGGUACCUAUCAGAACGUUAUGGGUGCCACCUCGUGCAGACCCUGCAAUAACGGACAGUACCAAGAUGGAACCGUUUCGGCCAAUUGCAAGAAAUGUGCCGUUGGCAGUUACACUCCCAAUGAUGGCCAAGCGUACGCCUCUUGUCUCAUUUGCGCCGCUGGUAGCUACCAAGCACAGCUUGGCCAAACAUCUUGCACCACAUGUGCUGACGGCACCACAUCGAACAAUGAUCGAACUUUGUGCGUGCAGUGCCCGGCUGGCACUGCUGGAACGGGAGGGUCAUGCACCGCAUGCAGCGACGCCAGUGCCCAGCCACAGCCCGGUUCCACUGCCUGCGUACUCUGCCCCAACGGCACCAAGGCUAGCUUUGACAAGACCAACUGCGUUGACUGUGGUAAAGGACACUAUGGCUACAACGGCCAGUGCUUCAGCUGCCCUGAGGGCACCUACAGUGAUGUCAUUGAUGCAAGCAGUUGCAAGGAUCCAGGCCCCGGUUACUACGUGGGCACUGGCGUGGGCCAGGCACAGCGCUAUAGUUGCUCGCCAGGCUUUUAC